AUGAGAUUGCCAUGUAAACAUAUAUUUCACACUAGACAACUUCAGAACAAACCAUUAUAUGACCUAAGUUUAUGUGAUACAAGAUGGACCAGAGAUUAUUACUAUAAAAAUCAAAGAGUGUUUAAAAAUGUUGAGAUUGUUCCCACUGAUAGCGAUACUACAGUUACAAUAUUGCACAGAAAGAAAAAAAAAGUCCCAUCUACUCAUGAAAAGUUCCGAAAAGCAUCAAUGAUAGGAGCAAAGAUCGCCGAACUCAUUUCUCAAACAUCAAAUGUCCAUUUCCAUAGAAAAAUACAACAGCUUGAGUUUAUUUAUAAUAAUUGGUUGAAAGGGCAUGAAAUAUCAAUUCAAGUGUUAGAUGUAGAUAGUGUAAAUACUGUGGAGAACGAUGUCAUGGGUGUUGUGGAGAAUGAUAAUAUGGAUGCUGUUGAAGACAAAACUAUAACUUUAGAGAAUGAUAUUAUGGAUGCUGUUGAAAGUGUAGAUUCAGAAAAUUGUAACAGUCAGGGUAUUGAAUCAAUAAUACUACCUCGUAAAGUCAGAACUUGUGGUCGGCCAAAAGGCGCAAUUAUGACAACAAUCGGCCUUCCUAAACGGCUUAAAACUGGAAGAGCAUUGGCUAAAAAAACAGAAACAAAAACUAAAAAUGGAGAUAGGGAUAUAGCUGUCGAUUCAGAUGAACAAACCUAUUGUCUUUGUAAUCAGAUUUCAUACGGAGAGAUGAUAUGUUGCGAUAAUGAUUUAUGUCCAGUAGAAUGGUUUCAUUUUUCUUGUGUAUUAUUAUCAACAAAACCAAAAGGUAAAUGGUUUUGCCCCAAGUGUCGCGGAAAUCGUCCUAAUAAAAUAUUGAAGCCUAAAGCGCCUAAAGUUUCUCAAGAAAAAUGA